AUGACAACAGCAACAAGCUGGCGUGAACAGGCACAGUCAUAUGAACUGACCCCUGUGGAAGAAAUGAUGCUGGUGAUAAUUGGGGUGGCCAUCACUGAGGCAGUGUUGGAGCAGAAUGCCAGCGGCGUGAUGUCAUCUGUUCUGACAGCCCCGGAUGCACCUGUUCGCUCUGUCACAGAUGUCAGAUCGAUCUUCUGGAGAGCCAACCUAAGGAAAGAUCCUAUAAUUAUUAAGAAGCAAGUCCAGGGGUGUUCUGCAAUGAAGUCAGCAGUCCAUGCUAAUGAAACAGCCCAACCUCUAGCUUUCACAUUUAUACCAACUGUUCAAAGACUUCCUGUGCACAUUCAGGUCAUCAAUACCAUCAGAUCCUCACCUUGGCCUGGAAAGCAACAACAGCCAUCCUCGGUAAUGAAUGAGCCUUUGCAUAUCACUGAAGAACUGCCCUCAGCAGGUGUUACAAUGACAGAUACUGUUGAUAGAGGAACUCCUGGGCAACAGAUGGAGAUAAGCCAAAGAUGGUCGAAUAAGGGAGGAGAUGUAUCUUCUCAAGAAGCUGGAUCGUCCGAAGGGAUUUUCAAAGCUGAACUUGUAUUCUUGGCAGAUUCGUAUGGAACUGAUGGUGAUCGUUUUUCAAGAAAAAACGAAGCAGAAGUCAACCUUUCAGCAAAAAAAUUACCUUUGUCAAGUCUGUCUCCAAACCCUUUUGUUGAUGACAAGAAUGGCUAUAUUCAAAAAGAACUAAUAGUGGAUGAAUCAAAGGCCCCUAUGUUACAAAACGCUGAGCAGAAGGUCGACAGGACUCUGCAAGAGCCAUUCUUUCAGGCAAGAUAG